AGCCGGAAACGGGGAACGAUGGACCGUCCCUCGAUCCGGAUUCAUGGUCCCGGAAUCAGAUUCGGGAACGAGGAUCGAUUCGGUAAGAUUCGAUGCGGAUUCGGCGUUUCCGCAGCCGGAUCGUUGAUUCAGAUUCGUCGACUCGGCAGUACUGGUUCGUGAAUCGAUUGGGUAAGCAAAAAAAUCAGCCAAAUCAAUCACCAACUCCUCGUUUUACUCUCUGUCUCGAUCUUCUCCACUCCCCCAAAAAACUCCUCGAGUAAGCAAAAGGCUGCUAAUAAAUUUCAUUGGGAAACAGAUGAUUUAUGGAUCAACGACACAGCCCAGCCAAUUCUUGUAUAAGUACUCCCUCGUCCCUCUUCCUCCCAGUCCCAGCCAGUUGCUCCCUGCAUCCAGUGACCAGAGGCGCAUGCAGCAGCAGAAAUUCAGAUUCAAAACCAACGAUGCUUCAGAAGACUUGAUUGCUCGAGGAUCCAAGAGUCCAGUGACAUUCAGGCAUUCGGUUUUCAGAUUCAGAGAUUGCAAUGGCGUUUGGGUCAAAACGUAAGUUAGCAGAUCGGAGUGACAUCCAGGAGGAUGACGGUGAUGAUGUUGAUCUCAUCAAUUCCGAUGAUGAGCGUAAUAGCGUUGAUGAACAAGAUGAAUCUGCCGAGCAUGGUACUGCAAAACCUGCUAAAUCCCUUCUAGAUGAGGUAUUUUUUCUUGAUGCACCUAAAGGGAAGAACUCUGGUGGAUCAAGACCCUGGCGAUGCAAACAUUGUGAUAAGAAGUACACGAGUAGUUAUACAAGAAUUCAUCAGCACUUCUUUGGUGUUGGUCCUGGCAAGACGAAACAAAUUCCUCGCUGCUCUGUCGCAAGUGAUCGCGUCAAGUAUAAGAAAAUAUAUGAUAAGUACUACCAACCUGAGAAAGUACAAGCUUCAGGCUCGGCGCCUAAAAAGCAAUUAGUAGAAGCUUUUGCUGGGGUGGAAAGAGAUGCAGUGGACAUGCAAAUAAUGUUGUUCCUUUGUGCUAAUGGAAUUCCCUUUAAUGUGUUGAGAAGUCCUCAAUACUAUGAAAUGGUAGCAGCCAUCCAGAGAGCACCAAAGGGAUACAAACCUCCUGCAUAUGAGAAGGCUAGGACUACUCUUCUAGAUGCAUGUAAGAGAAAGGUGGAGAAUGAUUUGGCUCCGGUUAGACAAACAUGGUAUUCCCAUGGUGUCUCUGUUGUUUCUGACGGAUGGACAAAUAUGAAGAACCAUCCAUUAAUCAACGUAAUAGCAUCGAAUAGCUGUGGUUCAAUGUUUCUGUACGCAGAAGACUUCUCUGGAGAAGAGAAGACGGGUGAAGCCAUUGCACAAUUCUUACUGCAAGCCAUUGAGGAGAUUGGCCCUUCCAAUGUCCUUCAGGUCAUCACUGAUAAUGCAUCUAAUUGUAGAGUUGCGGGUGAAGAAAUUGAGAAAGUGCAUAAGCAUAUAUUUUGGUCUCCAUGUGUGGUUCACACACUGAAUCUAGUAUUCAAAGAUUUUGCAAAAAAGUUUGCUUGGAUGGUUGAUACAUACCAGACUGGGAAAGCAAUUGUGAAGUUCUUUAGGAACCACCAGCACUUUCAAGAUCUCUUUAGACACAACUCCAAGUUGGAUCUUUUGAAGGUCUCAAAAACAAGAUUUUCUUCUCAUUAUAUUGUGCUUAAGAGGCUUAUGGAUGUUCGAGAGGCGCUCACAACUACCAUUGUCACAAGCAAAUGGAAGGAACUGGUGAAGGCUUGUGAUGUACAAACAAGAGCAGCAGCAAAUGCGAUUGCCCAAAAUAUCAUUGAUGAGACAUUUUGGGAUGAGAUUAAAAUCAUCCUUGACAUCACAAAACCAUUAUAUAUGGUAAUCAAGUUCAGUGACGGAGAAGGUCCAAAAUCUGGUGAUAUAUAUGAAAGAAUGGACAAUAUGCUUGGCGAGAUGCAAGAAGUCAUGACAAGGGAAGAUAACCCUCACAAAGAUGAUUGGUCGAAGGUAAAUGAAAUUAUUCUUUAUCGGUGGGGAAAGAUGAACUGGCAUUUUCAUUGCUUAGAAUUUGCUCUUUCUCCUAAGUAUUAUGAUCAAGCCUAUCUUGCAAGUCCUGCUCCUGGUGGUGGUCAAAGGAAAGCUCCAAAUGAUGACAGUGAGGUUAUAGAAGGUGUUAUAGAGGCUCUAAAUAGAAUUGCAGAAGAUAAAAAAGAGUAUGCUCUUUUACGUGAGGACUUAACACCUUUAUAAUGAAGAAAGGUUUGUAUGCAAUAGACGACGUUUAGGCCGAUGCAACCACGAUGAAUGCCACAGAAUGGUGGUUCAAUUAUGGCUCACAAAGUCCAACUUUAAGUGAGGUGGCAAAGAAAGUCUUGUCUCAGCCAAUAAGCAGCUCCUCUGCCGAAAGAAAUUGGAGUACCUACUCAUUCAUACAUAAUUUAAAGAGAAACAAGCUGAAUGCAACGACAGCCGAUAAGCUUGUCUUUAUUCAUGCAAACGAGCGUCUGAAGAGGAGGUUUUCAGAGGGCUACAAUUCAGGUCCACAUUAUAAGUGGGAUGUUGAGCCUGAGAAUGAUUUGCUGGAGGAUUCAAGCUUGAAGCUUGAGCAGCUGCGUUGGGAUAGCUUGGAGGAUGAAGCAGCUGAUACUGAACCACCACGCAAAAUUCAGAGGACUUGAAACACUAGGAAGUGUCCAGUACUAAAUCUGAACUCUUCAGUAUAUUGAAUCCAAUCUUUACAUUCUAUGGUCACUAAUAGUUCUCUUUUAAUUGAAGGUACAUGGUGAGUUAAUCUGUUGGUGAAACUUUAUUGGUUGGAAACCUGGAAGAUGAGUCACUUGGAUGCUGCUAUUGAAGUGAUUGUGUCUGUUACCUUAGUCAAUCUGUUUUCUUGUUUGCUACUUUGGUUAAGUCAAGUAUUUUGUUAAGUACUCGUGCUGAAAUUUUAAUUAAAU